UUUUAUUCCUAACGCUUGUCUUCUGGGACCUGUUCCUUCAAUAAACUAAACGAAUUGACAGAUACUCUGAUAUAGUGACACCCAUUUUUAAAUUAGGGCGCCUGGCAGCACCGCGUAGACCUUGUUUGCCAUCGACAUAUUUGUCAGACAGGUGUAAAUUGCCCCCUGGGCGUCGACUGACCAGUGAGCAUCCAGUCAUCCUUUCUACAAGCUUGCUAGCUAGCUUUAGCCAAGAGGCAGGGCGCCGUUGGAGGGACACACACACAAUGUCGGGAUACCAAGGAAAAAAGAACAUUCCUCGAAUCACUAGUGAUCGUCUCCUUAUUAAAGGGGCAAAGAUAGUGAAUGAUGAUCAGUCCUUCAUGGCUGAUAUCUACAUGGAGGAUGGAGUCAUCAAGCAAAUCGGCGACAACCUAAUUGUUCCCGGUGGAGUUAAGAUCAUAGAAGCUCAGGGAAGAAUGGUGAUGCCUGGAGGCAUUGACGUGCACACCCGAUUCCAGAUGCCCGAUCGAGGCAUGGUGGCGGCAGAUGAUUUCUACCAGGGCACCAGGGCUGCUCUGGCGGGCGGCACCACCAUGAUUAUCGACCACGUGGUGCCAGAGCCUGGCGUAAGCUUGGUCGCAGCUUUCAAGCAAUGGAGGGAAUGGGCCGACAGCAAAUCCUGCUGUGACUAUUCUCUCCACAUGGACCUCACUGACUGGAACAAAGGCACUCAGGAGGAGAUGGAGACCUUGGUGAAGGAGCAUGGUGUCAACUCUUUCCUGGUCUAUUUGGCCUAUAAGGAUGUUUUCCAACUUUCUGACUCUCAGAUUUACGAGGUGUUGAGCGUCAUCAGAGACCUUGGUGCCAUCGCUCAAGUGCAUGCUGAGAAUGGAGACAUAAUUGCUGAGGAGCAGAGACGUAUUCUGGAGCUGGGUAUCACUGGACCUGAGGGUCAUGUACUGAGCCGCCCAGAAGAGGUGGAGGCAGAAGCAGUCAAUCGCUCCAUCACCAUAGCCAAUCAGACAAAUUGUCCUGUCUACAUCACCAAAGUGAUGAGCAAGAGUGCUGCUGAUGUCAUCGCUAUGGCCAGGAAAAAGGGUUCCGUGGUUUUCGGAGAGCCCAUCUCGGCCAGCUUAGGCACAGACGGAACCCAUUACUGGAGCAAGAACUGGGCCAAAGCUGCGGCCUUUGUCACCUCUCCACCACUGAGUCCCGAUCCCACUACCCCUGAUUACCUCAGCUCUCUUUUGUCAUGUGGGGACCUUCAGGUGACCGGCAGCGCUCACUGUACUUUUCUGACAUCUCAGCGUGCGGUCGGCAAAGAUAACUUCACCCUAAUCCCAGAGGGCACCAAUGGUACCGAGGAGAGGAUGUCCCUAGUCUGGGACAAAUGUGUGGUGACUGGAAAGAUGGAUGAGAAUCAGUUUGUGGCAGUGACCAGCACAAAUGCGGCCAAGAUCUUCAACCUCUUUCCUCGCAAGGGCCGCAUCGCUGUGGGCUCUGAUGCUGAUCUCGUUUUGUGGGACCCAGAUGUCACUAAGAUCAUCUCAGCCAAGAACCACAACCUGGCUGUGGAGUACAACAUCUUUGAGGGCGUUGAGGUGCGUGGAGGUCCUCUGGUGGUGAUCAGCCAAGGUAAAGUAGUGCUGGAGGAAGGCAGUCUUCACACCACGGAAGGCUGUGGUCGCUACAUCAGCCGUAAAGCCUUUGCGGACCACGUCUACAAGAAGAUAAAGGCCCGUAGCAGGCUGACAGAGUUACGAGGUGUCCCCCGGGGUCAGUACGAUGGGCCGGUGUGUGAGGUGACCAUUACUCCCAAGGUUCUGUCAUCAGUCACUUUGGUGAAGACUUCUCCUACCAAGCAGCAGGAGCAGCAACAAUUUAUUCAACAGCCCAUGCGCAACCUCCACCAGUCUGGCUUCAGUCUGUCUGGGGCGCAAGUCGAUGACAACAUCCCCCGCCGCAACACCCAGCGCAUUGUGGCUCCCCCCGGAGGAAAAGCCAACAUCACCAGUCUUGGAUAAGAUGUUUUUGGAAGUCCCGUCACACCUAACUUAAUUCACUCUUCUCCAUUUUUUCCAUUUUCACUCACAUGGUACAUAAAAAGGAAGGCACUAUUUCAUUUUAUCUGAUUUAAUUAGGAAUUUAUAGACGGCGUUUUGCUGAGGUGUAAAGAAAGCCCAGUCAAGCUCGAUGAUGAAACCUUUUAAGCUUUUGAAAUGUAUCUUUCAUUGAAGCACUCACUUGUAACAGCUUUGGACAUUUUAACAGCAGUCUGCAGUUUUUCCCCCACCAGAGAAAUGUGCUAUUUAACCAAAAGUCAGUCCUUUUUUUUAUUGUCAUUUUAAGUAGUAAAUCUUACACUGCAGAAAAGUCUAAUUCUUAUCACCUUGGUCUUCCUGUUGUGUUAUAGUUGCACUUUCUAUGUUCUUAAUCAUUUCUUUCUUUUUGGUGUCAUUUCUUAAUGCUGUGACUGCACUAAAAAGAAGAAAUAAGGGUAUUUUAUGGUUAAACUUCAAUUUCACUUUAUAUUUGGAAACUGCUGUUUCCUCUCAUUUCUUCUGUGUUCGUCCUUUUCGUCAAACUUGUAAUAUGAAUAAGGCCGCUGUAUAUUGUCAAAGACACAAACGCCGCAAAUUGCGAGAGGAGGCGGGCUGUCGGCGUCCUUGCAUCUGGUGCUAAAUGAGCAAUGCUAGUUGAGACAGACGAUGUUAACUGUGCAUGCGUCCAAACUGCAGUUGUGUAUGCUUUGUGAGACAAAAUGUGUUUUGCACCUGCAACAAUCAAUGGAUACACGUGUAUGUGAGCUAAAGGUAUAUGUCCUCCCGAAAUAUUGUGUGUUGCGUGAGAUCUUGAUAGCACAAUGUAUCUAUGAAGGCUCUUUGAGACCUGAUGGACAAUGCGUUGCUAUGUAUAGGAGAUGUCUCACAGCGUACUGACGUGUCCCACUGCUCUUUGUGUUUAGUGUUGUGUGACCCAAGUACCAGAAAACCAGUGCUCCUUUUUCUUACCUUUUAUUGUCACUAGUGUAAACCUGAGCCAAGUUAAGUGUACACCUCCAGGCUAUAAUGUGAAGUGGUUUACAUUUGAGAGGGUUUCUUGGAUAUUGGUUGUUGCUGUUGUUGUCCCACCUAGUGUGAUACUCACUCGUGUAUAUUUUAUAGGUUUAUGUCAGGGUUUGACACAGGCACUAAUCGAUAAUCCUGUCAGCAUUUUGAUUUCUGCGGAGUAAAAUCGUACAAAUAAAA